UUUAAUGACAACUUAAUCUGGCCCAUUUUCUACUCCAGCUUUUAUAAUAAAGCUAUACGAUAUUUUGGAUGAAUAGGUAGAAUCAAUAUAAUGAUAUGAGAAUUAGGUACAGUUUAACUAGAUUAUCAAAUGGAGCGAUGAUGGAGAAUAUUUUAUUGUAUUAUAACCUAAGUUGAUGGAAAAUGAAAUACUGUUGUAAUACUUCAAACAUAAUCAUUAUUAAUCCUUUCUUAGAUAACUUAAUAUGUAUGAAUUUAUCAAAGCCAGAAAUUCUGAAAAUUAUGAAAUAUUUAGUCAUCCAUUCUUUAAAAGAGGCAAUAAGUAAUAUAAUAUUAAUGUUUUAGGAAACAAUUGUCUUUAAUUAAGCGUAAUCCUAUCAAAACAAAAUGCAAAGUUAAAAAAGAAUUGAAGUCAGCUGUCAAACAAUACGAUUUUUAAAAAUAAAUGGAUUCAGAAUUAUUAUUUUUAAAAUAAAGAUAAACUAAAUUUGAAACAUAAUUUUAAGAUAUAAUCUCAUAAAAUGAAUAAAUAAUGGAUCAACAUAAGCAAAUAUGGUAAGAACUUGGUAACUCCAAAAAAACAUUAGAUGUUAAAAUAGAUCGAAUAAGUUAUUUGCUCAGCUUCAUUAUACAACAGUAAGGAAUGAAUAAUUAGGAUUCUAUUGAAAUGUUAAACUAAAUUUAGUGUAAGCAAAAAUAGGAAUAUUAACCAGUUGAAUCAUUAUCUCCACUUUUAAAAAUGAUGUAAAAUUAAAUGACCUGGAACUUAAAAGUACCAACAUAAUUGGGAACUUUUAGUCCUGUAUACAAUGAUUAAGGUAAAGAAAAAACAAAAUCACUAAAUUUUAGCAUAUUCUCCAUUAGCAAUUAGGAGCCAAGAAAGUCUUGAUAGUUACUAAAGUUUAAGCCCCUUUUACUAAUAAUUCAAAGAUUAAUGAAC